CACAAGAAUCCUUGAUCAUUUGAGUAUUUGACUCACUUUUAAACUUCAUUAUUUUUAACCUAAUUCCCAACCCCAAAUCUGAUUAGGUUUUUACUUGAUCACAUCCACCAUAGCUUUCCCGCCAAAACCAUUCUCUUCCUUGUGAAGUCACAAAAAACCCAGAAAAACCAACCAAAUUCAUUCAAAUUCCCAGAAUGUUAAAUCAUCCAAACAAGAAACCAGCAAACUAUGAAUCCUCAAUCAACCCCAAUUCGCUUCACAACAUCAAUGUCAAGCUCCUCGCUUUCGACCUCAACUCUUUAACCCAAUCCCAUUCUCUCUCCUCCUCUUCUUCCCGCGACCCGAUUGUCUUCUACCGUAAAGGAAUACCCAUUUCUCGGGUCGAAGUAUUCGGAGUUGUUGUGACCCGAGACCUCAAACCCGACAAAUUUCUGAGGUUUUCCAUUGAUGAUGGAACUGGGUGUGUUCAAUGUAUUCUUUGGUUGAAUCAGAUGACUUCUUCUUACUUUUCUCGGAGAUGCCCAUCAGAUGUUCACUCAAUUGCCCAAAUGGCAAACAUUCAGUCUAGUCGAGUUGAAAUUGGUUUUGAUGCUAGGGUUCGUGGCAGGGUUUCGGGUUUUCGGGGUUCGGUUCAGAUUACGGUGGAUGAUGUUGUGGUGGAGAGAGAUCCCAAUUACCAGAUUUUGCAUUGGUUGGAUUGUGUUAAAUUGGCUCGGAAGCGCUAUGAUGUUCUGUCUUACAAGAAAUGAGGGAAGAUUUUUCUACCACAUGCAACAGAACCUGAUCAUGCUGUAUAUAUAGGAUUUUGAACGGAAAAAGAAGCUCUUGAGGGGACAAGUUAGCCUUUAUCUUUGAAUAAAUUUUCCUACUGUCUAUCUCAAACUUUCCCCUUGUAGCCUUACCUGUUAACUUUGAAUGUAGUGCCACAUUAUAUUAAAAAAGAAAGACUGGUUGUAAGCCAUUCCAUAAACUGUGGCGUGCCUUAAUUUUCUCCUUCCCUUCCCCUUGUAUGACUACUGACUUGAGCAAAAUCACUGGUUACAUUUUUAAGCCAGCAAGUUGCCUUAUAUUAUAUCUGGGUUUGCCUCCUUUUC